AUGGCUUCCCUUUACGGGUCGAAACGUCAUGAUUCUUCAAGUGGUUCCCCUAAGCUGAUCCGUAGAUAUGUUAAGUCGGUUGAGUCAUCUAAAAUAAAUGCAAUGUCCAAGGCAGAGAGUAGCAGCUCUGAUCAAGUGAAAGUUGAUAUCUCUUUGAGCCCCAGGGUUAACUCUGUGAAACCUUCAAAGACAGUGGCUAUAGCUGAUCAUGCAACUGCUCUUGCACAAGCUGGUGUCCCUGUUAUUCGAUUGGCUGCCGGAGAGCCUGAUUUUGAUACGCCUACCAUUAUAGUGGAGGCUGGGAUAAAUGCUAUUCGUGAAGGUUACACAAGGUACACACCCAAUGCUGGUACUUUGGAACUUCGUACUGCAAUCUGUCAUAAGCUAAAAGAGGAGAAUGGAGUCUCUUAUACGCCUGAUCAAAUUGUUGUCAGUAAUAGUGCUAAACAGAGUAUCCUUCAAGCAGUUCUUGCUGUUUGUUCUCCCGAGGAUGAGGUAAUAAUUCCUGCUCCAUAUUGGGUGAGUUACCCGGAAAUGGCAAGGCUGGCUGAUGCAGCACCUGUUAUUCUUCCCACACUUAUCUCUGAUGAUUUUCUAUUGGAUCCAGAGCUCCUUGAGUCUAAAAUCACUGAAAAGACAAGAUUGCUGAUUCUAUGCUCUCCAUCUAAUCCAACUGGAUCUGUUUACCCUAAGAAACUGCUUGAAAAAAUUGCAGAAAUUGUAGCUAAGCAUCCAAGGCUUCUGGUGCUAUCUGAUGAAACAUACGAACAUAUAAUUUACGCACCAGCAACUCACACAAGUUUUGCAUCAUUGCCAGGUAUGUGGGAGCGGACUCUAACAGUCAAUGGCUUUUCCAAGGCUUUUGCAAUGACUGGUUGGCGACUUGGAUACAUUGCCGGACCUAAGCACUUUGUUGCGGCAUGUAAUAAAAUCCAGAGUCAGUCCACUUCAGGAGCCAGCAGUAUAGCACAAAAAGCUGGAGUUGCCGCAUUAGGUUUGGGCUAUGCUGGUGGGGAAGCAAUUUCCACCAUGGUGAAAGCAUUCAGGGAACGGCGAGAUUUCUUGGUUAAAAGCUUUGGGGAACUGGAAGGUGUUAAGAUAUCAGAACCUCAGGGAGCUUUCUAUCUCUUCAUUGAUUUCAGUUCUUACUACGGAGUAGAAGCUGAAGGUUUCGGUAAAAUUGAAAAUUCAGAAUCACUUUGUCGUUACUUCCUGGACAAUGCUCAGGUUGCACUAGUCCCUGGAGAUGCUUUUGGGGACGAUAGCUGCAUUCGGAUAUCAUAUGCAGCAUCCCACACAACCUUACAAGCUGCUUUUGAGAGGAUUAAGAAAGCAAUCAUUUUCCUCCGGCCUGCUGUCGCUGUUUAACACAUGAAUUAUCAUCAUUUGCCUGUAAUCGUUGUUGUUGUACUUUAUCUGGGAUUGGAAUUUUCAAUAGAAUUCUGGGUUGUUCGUCCUUCA